GUGCAACAUUGAAAACACGCUUUACAGCACUGUUUCGCAAAACACAGUAUGGAAUUUUAUAGUACGAUUUCUUAAUUAAAAACAAAUCAAACGCGAAAUGCAUAACAUUUUGUAAAUAACAUAGAAAAACAUCGUAAUUUUAAGUGUCAAAGCGAAUUUAUAGUGCAAUUAUGUUUCUGCCCGAAACAGCCAACUUCUGUAUCACCCUAUUGGUCUACGGAGCAAUACUCCUGCUCCUGAUUUACUAUGUCCUGACUCUGGCGGACCUGGAGUGCGACUAUCUUAAUGCCCAGGAGUGCUGCCGACGCCUGAACUUUUGGGUAAUACCCAAGUUCGGAUCCCAUGCCCUUCUCUGCGUCCUCCUGCUACUCGGAGGCCACUGGGUGAUGUUCCUCCUGAACCUGCCGAUGGUGAUUUGGCUGUUCUACGAGUUGCAUCGCCAGCGACGCGAUAGCCUGGGUGUCUACGAUCCGGUGGACAUACACAGUAGGGGAUUGCUGAAGGUUCACCUAAGAAAUUGUAUGAUUUAUCUGGGCUACUACUUCGUCAUGUUCUUCGUGGCCUUGUACUGCCUAAUUUCCUCCCUGAUCAAGGGAGAUCCCAUCAAGCGGUAUGAGGACGACGAAAUAGUCACGGAUUUCUGAAGUUUAGCCGAAUAAGCCUGCACCGAACAGAGCUUCCAGCACAUUUCUUCAUCCGUAACCGAACUACCACGCCUGGUUACAGUUUCUAUUCCGCUGAAUCUGGAAUUCUCCGACUAAAACAGAGGCGUACAUCUAACAAAUAAGUUUCCGUUCGCAGAAUUUUAUAGAGCAUUUAAUAGAGCUUCUCACGACAUAUACCGCAAAA